GAUCUAAAAGACAUAAUGCGUACAGCUGGUGAAGUAACGUUUGCGGAUGCGCAUAAACAGCAUGCAAAUGAGGGUACUUUUAGCAUUGUCUGUUUCCAAUCACGCGACGAUCUGGAACGUGCAAUGGACAAACUGCAAGGCAAAGAGGUGAACGGUCGUAAAUUGAAACUGGUUGACGAUUCAGAGAAACGAGACAGUCGUAGCAGAAGCCGUUCUCGUUCACGCUCCCGUUCACGCUCUCGCAGACGUUCACGUUCUCGCAGUAACUCGUCACGUUCACGAUCGCGCUCUCGCACACGUUCUCGCUCACGUACACGUUCGCGUUCCCAUACGCGUUCACGUUCGCAUUCGACGCGUUCACGUUCCAAAUCACGUUCCGCAUCGGGUAGUCCUGCACCAGCAGUGAAACGUGAACGAAGCGGCGCUGCCGAGGCGGACGAACGCUCGAAGUCGCGUUCACGUUCCAGAUCUGCCUCACCCAGAUCGCGUUCACAGUCACCAACCGCAAACGCAAGCGCAAAAGUUGAGGAUGCACCGAUGGAGAACGGUGGCGAUUCGAAUGCGGAUCGCGAGCGCGAGAAUGGCCACGAUCGUGAGAGUGACCAGGAGAAGGAUCAGACAAUGAAAAGUGACGAAGGCAGUCGCAGCCGUAGCCACAGCAGAAGUCAUUCGCGCAGUCGCAGCCAUACACACAGCCCAACACCUGAAUGA